AAGAAAAGAUGUGGAGUGGGCUGUUACCUCCUGGGUUAAAUGAAAGUGAUGUUGAGUCAGAUUCUGAAGAUGAAGCCACACUAGAGAAUCCAGAACUUAAUUUACAGGAAGAUGGAAAGACUGACAGCAGUGGGAACCCAAAAAUGUCAGAUUUCCCAGCAGGCAAGCCAAAAACUGAAACAGAGGCUGAUGCAGAUGCAUAUGAAAAAUGUCCUUCUGGAUGUCCCCUGAACAUGUGGAAUAAAUUCCAAGAAUUGCAUAAAAAACAUUCUGAACAGAAAAAUUCAGCGUCAAGAUUCAGACAGAAAAAAAGAAAACGCUGCAGAAAAGGCAAGUUGAAGAAUGAAAAAGAAUCUCACAGUGAGCAGUCCUCAAGUGACACCCAAUGGAAGGAGCUUACUCAGUAUUUUGGAGCCAAUGAUAGAUUUGAACCCCCUGUUAAGCAGAAAAAAGUUGAGAAGUCAGGCCUUGAAAAGAGGAUAGACCAGGCUGUGGAAGAAUGGGAUGUUGAAAAGGCUGAAGAGCUCAGCAACCAGCUAGCUACUCGAGAGGUUUGAAGCAAAGAAGAGAUGGGAAACUAAAAGCAACAUGGGAUAUAUGUAGCCUUACAGAGUUCUUCAGGACGUUUAUGAUAGACUGCCAUGCUUCAUUUACCAAAAAGAGUAUCCUGCCUCGGUUUAAAAAUGUCAGAAAAUUGCUAAGGCUAGAAAAAGAUAAUCCUAAGACUUGGGAGCCGAUCAUAAACUCUUUUCAGUCUUUUUUCUAAGAAGUCUGUGAAGGAAAUGAACAUUUUUAUAUUUAUGUGAGAAAUUUUAAGCAUAUGUAUAAGAAAAAAGGAUAGAGUUUUAUUUAUUUGUAUAAGCCUGCAGUUUGCAAUCAAUUUUGUGUUUCAUCUGUUUGGUCUAGCAUAGCCUGUGAGGUCCUUGUACUUCCUUAUCUGUUCUUAGCAUGGCUGCACUUUUUCUUGUGUUUUUCAGGUCGGCUUUUGUUUAUAAUGGAUUAGUCAUAAAUAGAAAAAUUCUCAAUUGUUGCUGACUUUACAAAUGACUUUAAACUACUUUAAUGCUAUAAAAAUAAUUAUUGAUUCUUUUUGGAGUCAGUAAAAUUAAUGUUUUGUUGUCACAUAGUAAAAGGAAUUGAUUAAUUUUGUGUAAUGUCAAUGGAAGUAAUAUAGUAAAAAGUGGACAUAAUGUAUCUGGAGAAUGAUUUAAAUUCAGCUUUGCCUAGAAAACAUCUUUCUAAAUAUCUCUCAACCAUGUCAUUCUUUAAAUUAUGAUUUUUUUUUUUUUGAAAAGGAAAUGGUCUGAUUGUGCUAACAGAUAGUUGUAACUCAGGAUAUCAUAACUUUGGGUUGUCUAACAGCUCAUUUGUGUUUACCUCUUUCUCCGCUACUGCUUAAAUGGAAUGAAUUAAUGAGGCUAAAGAGAGAAUCAAUACCUGGGAAGUAAUUGUCCUUAAGUAUGUUUUACAGUCUAAUGGGAAGAGGCUUUGAAAAGUCAUUUGAUAACUGGCAAGACUUAAAUGUGGACACUGUGAAAAAUGAGUCAUAAUUAUAAUACAUUAUUUUUAGACUUAGCAGUAACAAUUUUAUUAACUUGUGGUGAUAUGUAAGUUUUCUUCAUAUAAAGAAUAAUUUGUU